AUGUCCACAUUCGAAUGCCCCCUCAACGCGACAAAUGUGCCAUACGUGGAAUGGAGCCCGGACGACGGGACAUGGACGGCACCAAUUGUGAUCUCAUUAGUUUUCCUGCCGAUCCACUUUGCACUCUGGUGCUGCGCCUCGGAAAAGCUCGGACAGGACCUGCUCGAGCAGUGCAAAAACUCAGUCCUUAAAGACACAGUUUGCAAAGCCUAUGAGGUCAACAGUGUCACAACAGCGCUGGUAAUGACAACAAUUGCGGGGAUGUUUGUGGAGGGGCACGAACUUGAUCCGCAAUAUUUCUGUCUGCAUCCAGAUUUCAGAAUGCAUUUGAGGCAAACGUACAUUGUCAUAUGCAUGUACUGCAUCUUCCUUUGCAUACUGUGUGUGAUGCUCUGCGCCCUGAACUACUUCUACCUGAGCGCCAUGACGGACAAGGACGUCUACAACUACUUGAUGUAUGACCCCAGAGGCAAGAGCACUGUGGGCGAGGCAUUAAUUUUCUUGAUGGAGUCCUACUUCCUUUUUGCUGUGGCUAUUUGUAUAUGGGUGGGCACUUCUUAUGGUGCGAUCCAUUGGAUCCUCACCAUCCUCAUGAUGAUGUUCACCACGCUCGUCAUAUUGCGAAAUUGGAUGAGUCUCAGCCACUACCAACCUUACAAAGCAGAGGUUGGAGAGACAGAGUCGCGUGCUCCGUCCGAGGACGCAACAGUCGAUAAGCAAAGAAGGGGCACCAAGACCAGCCUCCCAGAUGCCCCAGCAACCCCGGUCACCACGCUGCAGUGGCAGCAGGGGGUAAAAAAUGACAAAUAUGGUUCCCCCAGCCGAAAUUCAGUUUAUUCUGUUAGGAAUGGCAGCCCCAAUGGACUCAAGGACAGCCUCCACCACCAAGAUUCAGGCUCGUCCGCAGAAGCGAUCGCCUCGAAUAGAUCUGUCAACUUCCAAGAUGAGGCACAAGUUUGGGAUGGCUCGUCAACGGCACCGCCAAGGCUAAGCGCAUCCCACGAAAGCAGAGGAGGUGGCUGUGCUCCACGAAGUGAUGCAGCACAAGCGCCGAUCCGUCCUAUGGAUGAAAUGGAGAGCGACCUAGAGAUCUGCGCAGCUUGCCGCAGCAUUGUCAAUGACAGCGGGCCGUUUUGCUGCCAAUGUGGCCAAAAACGCGGCGAGAUGCCGCCCGUCAUGUACAUCGAGGCGCAGAAGGUGGUGCAGACGUUGAAGGGCGGAAGGGGGAGCGGAUCAUAUGUGCAGCCGCCUCAUGGCACGCCAAGGGUGAUGCCGGCCAUGGGCAUACCACAGAUGGCCAUGCACGUGCCACAGACGGUCGCGAUGAAUCCCUACAACCACAUGGUUCACAUGAUGCCGACACCGCAGGGUUCCGGCUACUAUGUAGAUCAGCAUCCUGUUGUACACCAACCUCCUGAUCAUCCUGUUGCAAACCCAGCGUCUCGGCGUGGCAAAUCGCGACCAAAAAGACAGGCUGCUCGAGGUACCCAGGAUUCUCCAGAGAUGGCCACAGCCACAGCCGCAAGUCCGACGGGAAGUCAGCAGGAUGCUUGCCAAGGGCCUUGUCAAGUCGCUCUUGAAGUCGGUACAAGACGCCUUUGA